AUGGAGUUGUACGGAUUUGAUCCGACGGACAACACCAAGGAGAAGAAAUCGCAGUGGAAGAUUUUUGAAAAGCUCUUGCUGCACUUCCGGGCUGCGGUUAUUGAGGAUCCUAGCCGUAUCCGCGCAGCCGUGGAGUUGAGCAGCGAGCAAUGCCCAGUUCUGAAUGCAGGGCCAUAUGAUACGCAGGAACGUUGGUUGGCAACUCUGCUAGCUGGAGCUGAUGCCAAUGCCCGGCUUGCUUGGUCGGAUGAAAGUCAGACAUUGCCGAUGGGGACCGUGCCGAUUCAGCAGAUCAAAGGCCUUGCCAGAUCUUUGUCGGCGGUUCAAAAGUUGAAACCUUUUGUCCGAGAGGAUAUGUUGGCAGGCCGCGGUGCAUAUUGGUUGUUUCCAUCUGGGUCAGACCAAUUCAGCGGUGCCAGUGACAUGGGAGGAUUUGAUGCCCCCGUCAUUCGACCCAGCUAUUAUGAUCGCGGAGACAAGACGUGGCCUCCGUCCAUGGGCUUCUACGGAUGUAUGGUGCACCCCACCUCUGACAUCCGACAGCCUGUGCUUGAUGGAUCCCAACCGGACCACUUGUGUGCCAUGACAUCUUCGAUGCACAGUGCUCGCCGUUAUGGCGGGAAGGAAUCCGACACGAGAACGGUUGCUGCAAUUGGAUGGACAUUGGUUCGUCAGCAUUUGCAUGCAAAGGUUGCGCAUACGACCGAUCCAGUUUUCGGACACAUGUUUGAUCUGGUUCAUGGAUCCGACGGACGUUGGCUUUUUCGAAGCUCCCGCAGCAUCCUGAUGGGAGCAGCUACGUUCUGGUCUGGUUGGCAGUCGUAG